AUGAGCCAGCAGAACCAGAGCAAGAACUGCUCCUUUAAUGAUGUGGAAGAGCUGAUGAAAACCGUGCAGUUGGUUGUUCACAUCCCUACCUUCCUCCUCGGUCUGGUCCUCAAUGUGCUCGCCAUCCGAGGCUUUAGCUCCUUCCUGAAGAAGAGGUGGCCUUGCUACACUGCCACCUGCAUCUACAUGAUCAACUUGGCGGUCUUUGACCUCCUGCUCGUGCUCUCCCUCCCGUUCAAGAUGGUCCUGUCCCAAAGGAAGGACCACUUCCUGCCCUUCUGUACGCUGGUGGAAUGCCUCUACUUCAUCAGCAUGUACGGGAGCAUCUUCACCAUCUGCUUCAUCAGCCUGGACAGAUUCUUGGCCAUCCGGUACCCAAUCCUGGUCAGCCACAUCCGGUCCCCCAGGAAGAUCUUCGGGAUCUGCUGUAUCAUCUGGGUGCUGGUGUGGGUCGGAAGCACUCCUGUCUAUAGCUUCCAUAGCAAAGGGGAAGACUACAGGUGCUUCCAUAACAUGUCUGAUAGCACCUGGAGCGCCAAGGUCCUCUUCCCUUUGGAGGUCUUCGGCUUCCUUCUUCCCAUGAGCAUCAUUGGUUUCUGCUCCUCCAGGAGUAUUCACAUUCUGGUUGCCCGUCGGGACCACACCCGGGACUGGGUCCAGCAGAAGGCCUGCAUCUGGACUAUUGCAGUCAGCCUGGCUGUCUUUGUGGUCUCCUUUCUCCCUGUCCACCUGAGUUUCUUCUUGCAGUUCCUGGUGAGGAAUGGCUUCAUCGUGGAGUGCAGAACCAAGCAGAAUAUUAUCUUGUUCCUGCAGUUGUCCAUGUAUUUCUCCAAUUUCAAUUGUUGCCUGGAUGUUUUCUGCUACUACUUUGUCAUCAAAGAAUUUCGCAUGGACAUCAUGGCCCACCAGCCUUCCAGAGCCCAGCUAGUCCACCAGGACACCAUGACCACCAUGGCUAUGGCUAAAAGUCAUGGAAAAAAGUCAUGCCUGGAGGAAGGAAACCUCAACCUGAAUUCCAUAGUGGAUAUCCCUUCCCAGGGCUCUGAUGUGGUGGGCUGA